AUGUGGUCGAACUCCGAGCCGUACGGCCGUACUCUGGUCGAACUUAUCGCACUUCGCCGGCCAGUCGUGCUCGCACCGGGGUUGCAUUUCCAAGUUCGAUAAGUUCGACUUCAACCUAGCGAACCUCAGGUUCGGUCGAGCUUCCGAAACUUUACGAACUCCAUAAUGAGCCUCGAAUCUCGUUUUGCAUAGAUACAAUAGAGGUUCGUCAGGUUCGAUCCAUUGCUGGUCUGAGAAAACGCGUUUCUUUUUUGGUGAGUGCAGCGCGAUUUCGCGCUUCGGAUUGUUUUCUGGAGCCGUCACCUCUUUGUCAGUGUGCUUGGACCCCUCCGCGACCCCUUUGGCACCUUGAGCCCUGGUGAACCGAUGGCGAGACUGUUUUGGAAGGAGCGCGCGCCUCCCGCGUUCCGGACAGCAGCGGCGGCGGUGAGUCCGCGGUCCGUGGAGUGACGCUUGCCGACGGACGCUGGUGCGUGGACGCUACUCGGGCGCUCGAAGCACCAUGGAAAGCUCGAAGCCCGGGCUGGCGCGCCUGCGCACCACCCCGCGCCGGGCCCCCGGUGCCGUGGGAACCCAGUGGGGCGGCACUGAGGGCCGUUCGGCGCCCUACUCGGCGUCGGAGGUGGACCGCUUGGUCGAGUUGGUGGCCGACAAGGCGGCGCUGCUCCUGUCGGCCGGCGAGAGCGGCGCCAAGCGCGCCUGCUGGGACGAGCUCGCCAGGAAGAUGUCGCGCAGCGCGGACGACGUGCGCCGCAAGUGGUCCAACAUCGUGGCCGAGGUAAAGCUGCCCAAGCGCUCGAGCCCUUUCAAGCCGUACGAGCUGACCGCACUCCGGCUCAUGGGCGCCGAGCGGACCCCGACCCCGCAGCUGCAGAUCAUCCCGGCCAGCGUGUGCUCGAUCCCAGCCAACAGCUUCCUGCACCAGGAACAGGGCGUCCAGGCGCCGGCGGCGGCGGCGGCACCCCCGGCGGCGCCGAGCAGCCUGACCAUAGUGGCCCUGAGCAACCGCGAAGUGUCCAUCACGCCGGUCAAGCGUGCCCUGCCGGCAGAUUCGGACGAGUCCGAGCUUCAGCUCGUGCGCGUCUCGCAGUCGGUGCACACGCAGACGGACGCCGAGGCCCCUAAGCGGGCCCGGCUGGACGAGGCCGGGCUAUGCGCCCGCCUGGUGGCUCUGGAGGAGCGCCGCCUGGCACUGGACAGAGAGCGGCUGGCGCUGGACAGGGACCGGCUCAAGUGCACCCAAGAGCUGGUGGCCCUGCUGAAGACACGCCCCUCGCCGCUGCCUAACGGGGACUUGGUUGCCAGCACCCUGGCUGCCUCCUCCCUCUAGCCCCGCCUCCGUGCCUUCCCGGCCCUCGGGACCCCAGUGUAGGACCGCCGUGCCUUUCUGGUCUGCGCCCGGCUGCGCCACCCAGCCCCGCCGCCACUGGUCCCGGUGGCUUUGCGUUGCCUCCGUCGAGUGGCCAAAACUCCUGGUGAUCUUUGGUUUCGCGACGAACAAAUGUGCAAGAUGCCUACGGCCGUUCAUUUGUUAUGACCCCACAUGCUUGCGGCACCUGGUGGCCAGAACACUGAGCCACAAAAGGACUUCGGGGAAACUUUUCACUGGAGUUUCCAAAAGACCGUGCAUAUUGUGUCUCGAGAGUUGACUCCGGUGCUGGUAAAGGUACAGGCACGAGUGUGUGGUCUUCAAAAGCACUUUCCUACGCGAGAAUGCUCAAACAGGCGUAGGAAUCUGCAGAGCUGCGCUCUCGUGCCUGUGCCAGCACCGAAGUGAACUUCCGAGGUGAAGCAUUGAACCUUGCGUGGAGUUCACCUUGUGCAAAUGUGGCAGUGUAAGCUCCAGGUAGCUCUCAUUUUUUUUUUUUAUAGAACCAUCUGUCUUCUGUUUCGGUAUUGCCAUUUUUAAAAAGCGUGGGCAGUCUCGACAAAUACGCGUCGCCACACUCUUUACGGCUGUCGCAUUGGAUGAAUUGGACGUUGUAGACGUUGAUCACGUCUCCUUCGACCCGACGACUCACCGUCUGUCUUAACAGCCGUUCAUGGUUCAUACAGUUCCUGCCAAAGAUUUACUGCCUCGAGGAAAAUCACCAUUUCUCAUUCUUCCAUACUCGCACUCAUUCAGGCAAAGCUCGUGUUCAUUUCACUCCAUGCGGGUCUUUUAUUUAAAGUCUCAGCGCGACAGUCAACGAGCAUUGCACUGCAUCCUGAAGCCACUGUAUGCAUUCAUUAUACGUCACUCACUAUCUGUUUUUUAUUCCGAAGCUCCUAUUAAUGGUUUACAUGAGAGAAUUGCUUAGAUUUGUUUGUGCCAGGGAUGUACCGUCCAAAGGCACUUCUGGCCCGAGAGCAGGCUGCAAAAAUAUACCGUUUCAAAGAACGAG